GACGAAAUUUAUCAAUUCGAACACGAAUCUUCCACAACCGCAACAGCCCAAGAUGGAAGGAGGACACCAGCCGCCAAAGCGCAACAAGCAGAGCGAAGAAGGGGAUGGUGCGGAAGGGGAAGGUGGUGGUGGCCGGCUCGGGGUCUCAACCACAUCCACAGAUUCACUGGCAGGGUCCGUUGACAACAGACCUCACAGCAGUGGUCAACAGCAACAGCGAGAGCAGCAAGGGCAGCAAGAAAGGCAAGAACAGCAAGAACAGCAAACUCAGGCGGCGAGCAGUGAAACCAGUGCAAGUGCUGACGAAGAGGGCGGGAAAAAGAAGAAGUUUGGAUAUGGGUAUGGUAAAAGCACCGCUGAUGACGCAAAUGAUAGGCAACAGCAGCACCGCUUGUCAGGCUACACGUUCGAUGCGGAGAGCGGGUGGUACUUCAACAACAUGGAUCCAACAUGGCUGUUCAACAUGGAGCAGCAGGUCCACUUCCACACCACAGCGCAGCAGUUCUUUGUCAUGGCCGAAGACGGCACCCUCACACCGUACGUACCGCCAGAAACGAGCAAUCCCAUUCCCCAGGAGUACCGGUGCGCAGUGUUGUCCGUGCAGUCUGGGCUGCGUUCCAUGCAGGGGAGGCGGCCCACGCAAGAGGACCGCCACGCGGUAUUGGAUGCCGUGGAUGGUUUGCAGGUGCAUCCGUGUGCGCUCUACGGCGUGUAUGACGGCCACUGUGGUGUAGACGCAUCCGAGUUCUGCGAGAAGCAUCUCCAUGAAAAGGUGUUUGCUCAACUCAAGCAGCUGGCGACCUUUGACGACGACCAUAUCAAGUCUGCCAUCACCACUGCUGUGGAGGAGCUCGAUGCAGACUUUCUCCGCCUUGCAAAGAUGCGCAAGCGCAUGGAUGGUUCUUGUGUCCUCAUUGCCUGUAUCCUCGGCACAAAGCUCUUCACCGCCCACCUCGGAGACUCGCGAGCCAUCCUCUGUCGCGACAACAAGGCGGUCCGGCUGACGGAGGACCACAAACCCGAAAUUGAGCGGGAGCGAAAGCGGAUUGAGCAAGCAGGUGGGCGCAUCGUGAAAAUUGGCAGGGUCUACCGCACCACUCUCAAGACAAAGGAGGACAAGGCGCCGCAGGUCUUGCUGGCCGUAGCAAGGUCCAUUGGUGAUCUGCAGCUGAAGCAGCCGUCGCCCAUCGUCAGCGCAACGCCGGACGUGUGUGUGUACGACUUGCAGCGAUACAGAGACGCGUUUGUCGUGCUGGCGUGCGACGGCGUCUGGGAUGUGCUCUCGGAUGAUGACGUGAUGUCGCUCGUCCUUGACAGACACCGGCAAGUUGUGCAAGCCACCCCUGAUGCGAGCGACCCUGGUGUGCUGCGCCAUCCUUCGUUUGAUGCGCGCGCGGCAGCCAGCCUCAUCAUGACCACAGCGUUUGAUCGCGGCAGUGGCGAUAACAUCAGCGUCAUUGUUGUUGCCCUUGACUGGAAGGCAGACGACGAGAAGGAGAAGGAGGAGAAGGCUGAGGAGGAGAAGAAGGAUGUACCGAAAUAGUGAAUUGGAUUGUGCGCAUGCAUGCGCUUGGUGUGUUCUGCCUGUUCCCACUCCCCCACCUUCCGCUUCCUCUCCUCCCACACCCAUCACGCUGUUGUGCAAGUGUGCAUGGCUGCUUCGUGCUGUCUGGUUUCUGCUAUAUGAGAAGGUGGCGACGGUGCCGUGACAGCGAUAUGUAAACAACACUGCUGCGCUCGCUCACAGCAGUGCGCAACACAAGAAAAAG